AAAUUAGGAUGUGAAGAUUGUUCAAAUGGCAUUUCAAUUACGCAAAAAUGUGGAAAUCGACAAGAAAAAUGUAAAUAUUAUAUUCAAAACAGGAUUUAUAACAUAUCCAAUUGUUUAAGUUGUGAAGACAAUUAUACACUUACAACUGAAAACAACUGUUUGUCUUCAAUAAUCGACAAUCCUAACAUAUUUUUACGAAAUAACAUGGUUUAUAUUUGUGAUGUAUAUAAUUAUCUUAACAAUGAAAAUAUGUGUAAGCCAUGUUUAGAAAACUCCGAACAUAUGAUAAAUAAAUGUCGUUUGGUAAGUGAUAAAGGGGUGUCAAUUCUAAAAGCAAUUCAAUGUGAAGAAAGCAGACUUUAUGAUCAAAACGAAACGACUUGUUUUGUUGAUGAAAAGUGUGUAACUACAAUGACUAAUGAUUGUGUUAAAUGUGAUAAUACAUCACAUUAUUACAUUCACGAAAACCGUUGCGUUUUAAAAGAAAUUGAUAAUUGCGUAAAAUAUUUACAAAAUAAUUGUUUGCAGUGCAAAGAAAAAUUUUUGGUUACAGAUGGAAUUUGCAGAGAAAUUGAAUAUUUUCAUUGUGAAAAAUCAAACGGGAUUCUAUGUACAAACUGUUAUAUGUAUUAUUAUCGAGAAUUGACAAUACAAUCGAACAACUUGACUUAUUGUACUUCAAAAGAAGACAAACAAAUAAAAUACGCCACUUCUAUUCAAAAUGGCCCAGAAAUAGUUUUAGAAUGCAACGAAAAAUACACACUGUUUAACAACACUUGUUCUUUUCCUCAAAGUGUAAACGUGAAUUUAAAAAUAUCAAAUGACAACAACACAUGCGAAGUGUCAUCAUCAAAGGGGUGUCUGAAGUGUAUAGAUGGGUAUUAUUUAUCUGUUAAAAACGAGUGUGUUUCUUGUGAAAAUUCCCAAUUCAAUUGUUUGACGUGUAAAAACGAAACUUAUUGUAUUUCUUGCAACAAAAAUACAUAUUUUUUGAACUCAAACAACAAAUGUGAAUUAUCAAGCGAGCUUUCUAAAAGAUGUCAAGUAAUGAUGCCGUCAAACACCGGCUGUGUCAGUUGCAAAGAUAAAUAUUUCAAAGAUGGACAGGAUUGUGUUGCAUGUGAUAUUUCUUGUGAGACUUGCCAAGAAGUAACAAAGUGUUUGUCGUGUGCAGACAAUUACUUUCAAAUUGCAGGAGAGUCACCUUUGUGUUUAAAUUACGACAAUUUGACAAAUUGUGUGAAGAAAAGUAAAAGUGGAUGUUUGUUAUGUGCUGGUGGGUAUUAUUUGGGUACAGUAAUUCCCCGUUGUAUAAAAUGUUCUUCAAAUUGUGCACUGUGUAUAUCCGAAGAAUAUUGUUCACUUUGUGAAUCAAAUUUCAUAUUGAUAAACGAAGUCUGCAACCCACUCGCUGUCGUACAAUAUUGUGUUUCUGAGAAAAACAAUUUGUGUGACAAAUGUGAGGGGAAUAGAAUACCAUCAGAUGAUGGUCUUUCUUGUGUCGAUCAACCAAAUUACAUAUUGAUUAUCUCCGUCACAGUUGCAUUAAUUUUUAUUGUGUUUGCAAUAAUCAUCACAAGCAUAUUGAUUGUAUAUUUGACUAAAUUGAAACACAAGAAAAAUGAAGAAAGGAAGAAAGUGUGUGUAUUUAAUAUGAAAAAAUCUAACAUAAAUUUCUCCAAAUUGUCUAAAAAAUUGGUUGUCAAUUUACCAGAACUGAUAUUUGAAAACGAUUCGAAUGAUAAUAGAGAAACAACUGAAAUACCGGUGUCAGAGGAGACCCGUGAACUUUUGUGUAUUGGCAAUAUUUCAAAAAAUAAUUUAAAGAUUCAAUUAAGUGUGAUUGCAAAUUGUGAAUUGUAUAAUAUCAGAACAGUUCCUCCACUCGUCACAUUAAAGAAAAAUGAAGCAUGUGAAUUUGAGAUAUUUUUGAACCCCACGUGUACAUGUGAAAUUGACGAUGAAAUAUUAUGCAUUUCGCUCGAUAUUAAAAAAGGUGAGCAAACAACUAACAAAAUAAAAAUUAAAGCAAAAACUAUUUUGACAACGAAAUUAAAUAAUUCGGAUCUAACAGAAAAUGAGAAACUUGGGGAGGGGAGUUUUGGAGUUGUUUAUAAAGGCAUUUUUAGAGGGAGUGUUGUUGCAAUCAAACGACUCAAAAACGGGUGUACUGAUAAAAGUUCAACAAAAGAAUUUGCCAAUGAAGUAGCAAUGCUUGACAAAUUUAGAUGCGAAUAUAUUGUCUAUUUUUAUGGCGCUGUUUUUACUCCUAAAAAAAUCUGUUUGGUCACCGAAUUUGCGAAAUAUAAAAGUUUGAACGAUUUAAUUAAAAAGACCGAAAAUGACCCAAAUUUAAAACCAAAUAAAAAGGUUAGGCAUAGAUUUAUUUUGGAUAUGGCAAAUGGCAUUUUUUAUUUGCACAACAACGGCAUUUUACACAGAGAUGUUAAGCCGGCAAAUUUACUGAUUUUUAGUUACGAUUUAGAAGAAACAAUCCUAGCAAAAUUGACUGAUUUUGGAUCUUCGAGAAAUUUAAAUCAAUUGAUGACAAACAUGACAUUCACUAAAGGUAUUGGAACACCAGCUUAUAUGGCGCCUGAAAUUUUGAAAAAAGAAAGAUACCAAAUGCCUUCUGAUAUAUACUCGUUUGCUAUAACUAUGUAUGAAACAUUCGAAUGGAGGGCAGCUUACUCAAAAGACAAAUUUAAAUUUGCGUGGUGUAUCGCAGAUUUUGUGUCAAAUGGAAAUAGAUUUGAAAAGGAUGAUAAUAUAUCGUCUGAAGAAUUUGAUAUUAUUCAGAAGGCGUGGUGUGCAGAACCCGAUAAAAGAACGAAGAUAAACGAAAUUAUUGAUGCUCUUAAAUCACUUGUUUAA